GAAACUUCCGGUGCCUCAGUUCCUGUUUCGGCGCAAGUGCACUAGAAAUGGAAAGCUCCGUAGCCGGAUAACUUUUGUGAUGUUUUAAAAAAAAAAAAUUAUUGAGUUAACCCAGUUGACGUCGAAGAUAUGAGAUCCAAAAUAAAAUAACAGAGCACGACUUUUAUUCACAUUACAGCGGGGCUCGAUCAGGUAGAAGCGGCUACCACCGAAAUGGCCAACCUGAACUGGAAACCGUUCAUCUACGGAGGGAUGGCUUCGAUUGUCGCAGAAUUCGGUACGUUCCCCAUAGACCUGACUAAGACACGGCUGCAGGUGCAGGGCCAGUCCCAGUACAUGGAGGUGCGCUACCGGGGCAUGUUCCACGCCCUGUUUAAGAUCGGCAAGGAGGAGGGCAUCAAGGCGCUGUACUCUGGGAUUUCCCCAGCUCUCCUGAGGCAAGCCUCCUACGGGACCAUCAAGAUCGGGACCUACAACACACUCAAGAGGUUAUUUGUGACCCAUCCGGAAGAUGAGACCAUGGUGAUCAAUGUGUUCUGUGGAGUGGUGUCUGGAGUCCUGUCCUCCUCUCUGGCCAACCCCACUGAUGUUGUCAAGAUCCGCAUGCAGGCCCAGGGCAGUCUGUUACAAGGCAGCAUGAUGUCCAACUUCAUAAACAUCUACCAGACAGAGGGAACCCGUGGCCUGUGGCGGGGCGUCAUCCCUACAGCUCAGCGGGCAGCCAUCGUAGUGGGAGUGGAGCUUCCUGUCUAUGACAUCACUAAGAAGCACCUCAUCAAGUCUGGCACCAUGGGAGACACCAUACUCACACACUUUAUUUCCAGUUUUACGUGUGGUCUGGCGGGGGCGCUAGCCUCCAACCCAGUGGAUGUGGUGCGGACGCGUAUGAUGAACCAGCGAGUGCUGUCUGGGAACCCCAUGUAUAAAGGCACGCUGGACGGAUUGAUGCAGACCUGGAAGAACGAAGGAUUCUUUGCCCUCUACAAGGGCUUCUGGCCCAACUGGCUGCGUCUGGGGCCAUGGAACAUCAUUUUCUUCAUCACGUUUGAGCAGCUGAAGAAACUCCCCUUAUAGUUGAACAGGGAGUGGACACUCCGUCGGAACAGAGCGCGGGAAACACCCCAGCCCUUUGUCUUCGUUUCAUUCACAAUCCCUCCCUCGUCACACAAUCUGUAUGUGCAUGCUCAUCUAAGUUUUAUUUGAACUUUUUAAUAAUAUUUAUAAUUUUUUUUAUAAAACUUUUAAUGUAUUAUUAUGUAUUAUUAUUAUUUUUUAAACACUUCCUCAUACUCCUCAACCAUCCUUGAUGCCACUCCUGGCAGCUAAAGCUUAGGAUUGUAGCUGAGGACGGAAGCCCGUUUGGACCAUAAGGUAUUAACUAGGUACGCUGACUGACAGCUUGCUACCAUUUUAAAGUGAGCUUGUAGGAAAAGGAGGACUAUCCUAGGCGGAACGGUAACUGGAGAUCUACUUGAGCUUUUUUAGGGAUGUGGAAUAGGCCUCUGAUUGUGUCUGACUAGUUUUGUAAACACAUCUCUAUACUGCAUGGGAUGUGCAAGAAAAGGACAAUGGCUGUUAAAUGUAUAGGAUUGGGGUUUUGCCUGUCUGAUCUGACGUUUAAAUAAUGCCUUCAAUGUUUUGGGCAGGGCUAGCUAGAAGAGGAUGCGAUGCAUGGCAGGUUAACCGGGUUGUUAUUGUCAGACAAUUUAUUCUCAAUGACUUACCUGGGUAAGUAAAGGUUACAAUAGGUGCUGUUUAGUCUGUUAGAGGAACUCAGGACAACAGUGACCCACAUGACAAAAUACUAUACUAUGGUUAAAAUACAUUGUAGUGUUUUUGCUGCCUUUACUGUAGUUUUGCUGAUAUUACUGUAAUAUUUAGUGCAGUGUUUUUGUGGUCUAUAGUAUAAUGUAGUAUUUACUAUAGUAUUUUACAUUAUACAAAAAUAUUCUAUACUAAGUACUACAAAUGAUUAUGGUAUACUGCAGUGUAGUAUCGUUUACUACAGAAUUCUAUAGUAAGUACUGCAGUAUUCUAUAGUAAACUAGUAUUUUUUUUUUAAUGU